AUGGUCCGCUUACAACAAUCGCUCUACUGGGCGUCAGCCCUUAUCAGCCUGACCAGCGCAUACCUGGUCGCCCCCCCGGGGGCGACCGCGCCCGGGGCGACCUCUCGCUGCAGCAAAUGGGUUCAAGACUCGUACCUGCUGUCCUGCGGCAAGAUCACCAACGCCUUUGGCAUGACCAAGGACCAAUUCAAGGAAUGGAACCCGAGCGUCGGCGAGACCGGCGCGGAUUGCCAGAUGAUCCAGGGCCUCUACUACUGCGUCGAGGUCGACUUUCACCCACUUACACAGACCUCGACCUCGACAACGACGACGACCACCAGUGCCAGUGCCACGGAAAAACCUCCUCAGCAUUCGCCGACUCAAGCGGGCAUGGCCUCCGAUUGCGACGACUUCUACCUCGUCAGUCAUGGUGACACCUGCGCGGUUGUCGAGUCCAAGUACCACAUCAGCGCCGCCGAUUUCCUGCGCUGGAAUCCCGCCACUGCACCGGCCUUUGGCUGGGCUAUUAUGUCUGCGUACACGUUCCCGGAGCCACCACCACUACGCAGUCGCCAGCCACCACCACCACCACCCCCUCCAACGGGUAUUAUCACCACUCCGCAGCCGACGCAGCCGGGUAUGGUGGACAACUGCGACCGCUUCGUCUUCGUCAAGCCCGGCGACAACUGCGGCGCCGUCGCCUCCGCCGCCGGCAUCUCCCUCGCCGACUUCACCCUCUGGAACCCCAACGCCGGCAGCACCUGUUCCGGGCUCUGGGCCAACAGCUACGCGUGCGUGCACCUGAUCCCCUCCGUCGCCCUCACCGCGCGCUACGGCGCCGGCUGCGAGGGGGACAUCCACAGCACCGAGGAGUUCCCGCCGAGCGGCGCCGGCCACUGCGUCAACACCGACUGCAAGGUGGCGUCGCUCGACAUCUCCGCCAAAGGAACCUGCCCGGACGGCGAGGUCCGCAUCAGCUACUGGGAGCAGGCCAACUGCCAGGGCAAGUGGUUUGGCUACGGCUACGCGAGCCGCGGACAGUGCCGGACGCUGUGGUCGGGAGGCUGGGACUUCAAGUCGUUGUACAUCUCCUGCGCCACCAAGGAGAGCGACUGUGUUAGCCAAGGCACCUGCACUAUUGACACCCUGCCCAACUCCAGUGUCUGCUAG